AUGAGUUCAGUUGAAGACCUUGCAGCAAAGGUGCGCGACCGCCGAAGCAACAAUGGCAGCGAAGACCAUGACGGGCAGAAAGAGGUGCUCCAACAAAUCCAGAGCAUGUUAAAUAAGCAGACAGAGGAGAUGAAAGCUCUACAGCACUCAACACAGACCCCCAAAGUGAUCAACAGCCCCCCAUCAUACACUCCGUCUGGCCAUGCAAAAUCAUAUCGGAAUGCGGCUCUAGCAAGUCACCUGACAUCAACAAAGUCUCCAUUGAUCUCAGGUUGGAUGCAGGGCCAUACCCAUGGAUCCAUUGGUACAAAUGAAAGACCAAGCACCUCUCCAAGCAGCCCAGCAACCCCAUUUCCACUGAAAGCAGACCUGGAGAUCCAUAUCCGGGGCACUGAUCACCAAAUCAUUGACCCAUUGCGCCACCAGAAGGAGGCCAGGGUAGUGGAGUGA